ACUCUGCUGACUCUUUCAACCCCAAUACAAAUUCAGUUCUUUUUCGUAGAGAAGCAGAAGCGUACCAAGCUAUGGCUACUCUAGAUACUGAUGUUCCCAUGGUUCCCGCCGGCGAACCUUCGAGCAGUGCCGGCCCUUCCAGCAGGAAGCCAAAGCGAUUCGAGAUCAAGAAAUGGAACGCCGUUGCCCUCUGGGCAUGGGAUAUCGUGGUUGAUAACUGCGCGAUCUGCAGGAACCAUAUCAUGGAUCUUUGUAUCGAGUGCCAAGCGAACCAGGCUAGCGCCACUAGCGAGGAGUGUACGGUCGCUUGGGGGGUUUGCAACCAUGCUUUUCACUUUCAUUGCAUUAGCCGUUGGCUCAAGACCCGUCAAGUUUGUCCACUAGAUAACAGCGAAUGGGAGUUUCAGAAGUAUGGUCACUAGAAGCUUCACGUGGUUCUCUUUUUCACACUAGUGUCAAGGAGGAUUAUAAUUCACUGUGCUCUACUUCUACCAGAUUUCUAUUUUCGGCUGGAUUAUUUUUAUUAGCCCCCGUCUCUGUUAUCGGCUGGAUUGGUUUUAUUUUUGAAAGCAUUAGCUGUGUUUGAAAUCAGUUGUGCAUACAUCACCCACAAAAUACAGACUACCUUGUUUUGUUAUGACCAUUAAGCGGAACUUAUUUUCUUGA